GACACAACAGUGCAAACAGCACAGCGAUCGCAGCCCCUCGCAGGCUCCCACGCCUCUCAAAGCUGAUUUAAGAAACAUUAACCUCCUUCGUUGUUCCUACUUGGAGUACUACACAGCCGAAAGCAUUGCUGGUCCUGCGCCUCCGCGGCGGCCGGCAUUUCGCAAGAAUCGAUGGGGUGCAAGUCGUGCCAGAAGCCCAAGGCGCAGCACCGCAAGGGGCUGUGGUCGCCGGAGGAGGACCAGAAGCUCCGUGACUUCAUCGUCCGCUACGGCCACAGCUGCUGGAGCACCGUCCCCGUCAAGGCCGGACUUGAGCGGAACGGCAAGAGCUGCAGGCUGCGGUGGAUCAACUACCUGAGGCCGGGGCUGAAGCACGGCAUGUUCUCCAGGGAGGAAGAAGAGACCGUCAUGAGCCUCCACGCCACACUCGGCAACAAGUGGUCUCAGAUAGCUCAGCACCUACCGGGCCGAACCGACAACGAGGUGAAGAACUACUGGAACUCGUAUCUGAAGAAGCGCGUCGAGGGCGCGCGCUCACCAGCCAAGUCCGCCGGAUCAGACGCGCCCCGGAGCCCGACGCCCAGCGACAGCGCCCGCGAACGCAGCACUGUUAACCAGCCGUCCAUCGCCGGCUCAUCCGGGCCGCUGGAGUCGUCGUCGAUGGCCGACGACUCGAGCAACCUCACAAUCCCCGGCGUUGUAGCCACGAUCCGGCCGCACACGCCCGUGCUCCCCAAGGUCAUGUUCGCGGACUGGCUCGACAUGGACAUGGACAUGGACUACGGCACCGGCCUGAUGGCACCUAGCGCACUGGACGCGGCCUUCGACGGCAGCCCGGCGCAGCUGGGCGUGGGCCACCAGGGGGCCGUGCAGGUGGAUGGCAUGUGCGGCGCCGUGGACUCGUUGCAUGGGCUCGGCAACGGGGGCAUCUGUUGGGAGUUCGACGCCGGUCAGAUCCACAUGCAAGGAGGAGGAGAAUUCUGCGACCUGCUCUCUGUGAGCGAGUUCCUCGGGAUCAACUAGGCGACCCCUCUGAAAAAUAGAGAAUAUGCAUCGAGGUCUUUGGGCGAUUCCGCAAUGGUGCGCCGCUGUCGUUGCCUCUCCAUCGCGGGACCAUCCAGUCAUUAUUGGUCACUGCCAAGAAGUUCUCAAGGCCGGAGAAGAAAUAGUUGAACUCGUUGUUUCCAAAAGACACACAUAACAUAUCCAUGGUCUCAACCUUAAAGAAAAGGAUGGGCUGGCGAACGUUCUCCACAAGACAUGACAUUUGUGAACGUACUUAAGACAGUUUACAUAGCAUUUCGAGAACCUGGGUGGCCUUUUUGUAAAACAGCCAUGGCCUUUGUUUAAUUUUAAGUGUAUACAAGUCAUCCAAACUGCACCGUAGGAUUGAGAUUGUAUGGUAGGUUGAGCAUUCGCUGGCAGUUUCUCCCUGGCGAACGUUCGCCGGUUACUAUUUCCAUAAAAAGAACUCACAUGCCUCACGACCGCACCGGAGGGCACACAACGUGACGGAGACAAAGCGGAGGAACAAAUUGCAAAGAAAAAACACAAUCAUCGUCAUGCUAACAAAUUCUAAAAACGCUAAUUAAGUCGCUAACCCCAUCGGCCAAAAUGAGCAUGAAAACAUGCCAACAUGUCAUAGAUGUUAUCAUAGCCUACAUUGUCAAGAUGAGGAAGCUCAGGGACUUACCUGAGCACGUGCCUCCACAAAACCCGACAAAAAGUCUCAAAACCAGGAAAACUACAACUCCAUCUGGUAGAUCGUGGCCUCCCCGUGCUCCCACCCUAGUAGGGUCGGAGGGGGGGUGCGGCGACCAAUUGUCUGAAGAGGGGUGGCACCACGGAGCAUCAAAAAAGUUGCCCCUCUAUGAUUCGAAGAGGAGAGAACGGUUCGUGUAUUGCACAAAAAUGGUUUUGACGAUGGUUGACCAUCGCAAUGGAUGGAACCUAAAUGAUAAUGAAAACUAAAGGUGGUAUAAAAUAAUUAGGAAUGAAAGGUACUUACGAGUUAUGACGAUAAUUUAGGGCAAAAUCUACACUUUGGUUUUUAUUUUACUAUAUGUGUCCGAGAGAGAUCUCCAAUAGUUUUGGCCGCCACCUCCUUGUGAUUUGUGUGAUUUUCUUGUGUGAUCCAUGCGUCUAUAUUUGCAUAAAAAUAAAAGUACUCAAAUUUGAAUGAAGUUCACACUAUUUAAAAUCGGGCAAAAGUUUGAACAAAACAGCUCAACUUUAGGUCGGCUUGAGCCUAGGCCAACAAAGUGCUCAAACCAAAAAUGAGGCGGGACAUUCUUGGAGGCAAUAACGUAUGCAGUUAGCCUUAGGUCAAGAAAAGCUCGAGGCCGGCGACCCGUUUGAAUCGAUUUGUUUUUUUUUUUUGGCUCAACUCGAAAUUGACUUGAAAAGGAAUGAGUUAAGUAUGGAUGUUGAUCGAGAAAUGAAGUGCGUCGAUUUGGAGCUCGGGCUCAGCUGCACCCAAAUCUGCAUCGUCCAUUGCAGUCUUGGGAUCUGGAGAAAGCCAGCUGGCCUAUCCUGUGCGAGCGUUGGUAAAUGGAGAAAACCUCCCAAUACAGUAUGGAACAGUGCACCGUAAGUGGGGCUGGUCCCCUGCGGUCGGACGGACGUCGCGGGUAGUCGGAAUGGGCCGUGGACCAGGAAUGUGCAAUCCUGAGUAGGCCGUGGACCAUGACGUUAGCUUUUCUAGUCUGGGCCUGGAUCAGAUAAGGAGUCCAAGAUGGAUUACGCUGUCUGAGCCGCUUGUCGGCCGCCGGGGCACACCCCGUUGAAAAAAUAGGAAAGAGAUAUGCAUCCCUUUCGGUGGUUCAUUCUAGAGGCCCCUCGCCGCCGUCGAAGAAAAAAAGGAGGAGAGUUCGCCGAGGCUGCUGUCGCGGGUGGCGGCGCCGGUGCCGUCGACGGUGCUUGAUCGUGAAGCUGGGUGCGGAUGGACAUCGAGGGAAUGGAAUUCCUACUGGAUGCGGUCGGCAAGUUCGUUCCCGUGCAGUUCUGGUUCCCCGUGCGGGAGGAGUUUGCCGACAACCCCAGAUCCAGUCCCGCUGAUGUACCUUCUGGAUAAUGGGGCUGCUAAUCAGGAUAUUCGCCAGGGGAUGUUGAUUCCGGGAUAGCUGAGAUGGUGUGCAAUGGUGUGCUCACCGACGCUCAGGUAGGUGGCCAGCGUAGGCGUGAUGAAUCUCCGACCAGGUCUGCCCAGUCGACGGGAAGAGUAAAUCCGCAGGCCCCGGCUGGACUAAAAGCUGAGGCUCCGACGACGACCAUCUGUAUCUUCUGUUACUGCCGUUACAAGCUUCGUCUCGGGAGUGCGCCAUCGGACCGUGUGCCCUGUCCAUCAAGGAUGAGCGCCCUGGAGCUAUCAAUGUGUGAAUACGCUGAGCAACCUGACAAGAGUGUGGUCCGACCUGAGCUAGGUCUUAGUUUUGAUUCACUGGGCGAGGUGUAUGAUUUCUACAACUUGUAUUCUUGGGAAAUUGGUUUUGGGAUAAGAUAUGGAAAAGGCAGGCUGAAAGCUGAGAGAACCAAAAGCAUGCAGGAGAUAGUUUGUGGUUGUUCGGGGAAGCCAGACGAAACAGCAGGUCGUGCAGAUGCGAGUGCCCGGCUUUGAUCAGACUGUUACGUGCAUCAGACAACAGUUGGUACAUAACAGAGCACCGAGCGAGCCACAAUCAUUCGAUGUCGCUUACAAUGGGAGAGAAAGUGCACUGGCCAUCUCAUAAACACAUAGACGUCUAUACCAAAGAUUUAAGAAGGCAGUUGAGGGAGAACAACGUCAACCUUGGCAAGGUAUACAGCAUAAUUGGGAGCUUCUUUGGUUCGGUUGAGAAGGUGCCUUUCACUAAAAGGACACUCAGGAACAUUUGUGGGAAGAUUAGUCGUGAGCAGGCUGAAGAUGAUGUACGGAAGGCACUACAGGUGUUUGCCGACAUUCGGUCGAGUGACCCUGGAUUCUCCUUUGUGGUGCUCGCCGAGAAAGAUAGCAAGGUGAAGAAUUUCAUGUGGGCUAAUGGGAGCAGCAGGAUGCAGUACAAGUUCUUUGGCGACGUGGUCACAUUCGACACCACAUACAGUACAAAUCUGGACGACAUGCCAUUCGGUCUAUUUGUUGGAGUUAACAAUCACUACUAGAGUAUCAUCGUGGCAGGAGUGUUGAUGCGCGACGAGCAGGAAGAGAGCUUCGAAUGGGUGUUUUCAGAAUUCAUUCGCAUGAUGGGCGGACCUGCACCAAAAACAAUACUAACAGACCAAUGCAGAGUAAUGGAGGUUGCGAUCAAGAAAAUUUAUCCAAACACUGUCCACCGUUGGUGCAAGUGGCAUGUUCUUAAGAAGGUGAAGGAAACACUGGGGCCGCUUUACACGAAAAAGUGUGAUUUCCAAGCUGAAUUUCACAAAGUUGUUAACCACAUGUUAACUGAGGAGGAAUUUGAAACAGCCUGGGACGCGCUGCUUGAUAAGUACAACUUGAGGGGGCAUAACUAUAUGACCCAAAUAUAUGAGACAAGACAUAAAUGGGCAAAACCAUAUUUCAGAGGUGUGUUUUGUGCAAAAUUGACAAGUACGCAGAGGAGUGAGAGUGCAAACCACAUGCUGAAGUCAUACAUGCCCCCCCGCAAGCCCGAUGCAUGUUUUUGUCUGGCAAUACAUGGGGCUUCAGUUUGACCGUGAGCGCGAUGAAAGCUACGAGGAGAAGAGGACAAUGAUUGUAAAUAUGUUGCUCCCAUUCAAGAAAAUAGAUUUCUGUUUUUUACUGAUUUCUGCUCAAGAACUGAUCUCGUUCAUUUUAAUACUUUCAUUGUGUCGGGGAGGCGCUGUGCGGCGGACUAACCUUGCGAUAGAGCGCCAUGCCAGCAAAAUAUAUACAAGGAAUAUGUUUGAGGAAUUUGGCCGCCUCCUAAUAGAUGGAACUGCAUACAAUGUGACUGAUGUAGAAAGGAUGAGGAAAUACAUCACAACUCACAAUAAUGCAGCAAAGAGAGAGAAGUGGAGUAGAGUGGAGUACGAGGUGACAGUUAACGAAGACAAAUCAAUAUUCACGUGCGAAUGUGGUCAGUUUUGAGCACACAGCUUUGAGGGUGAUGGAGAUUCUACCUCUUGAUGAAAUCCCUAAGUACCAUAUCCUGAAAAGGUGGACAAGAGAUGCGAGGGAUAUACUACCGGAUCACCUGGUUCAAUACCAGAAAGACAAAUCGCAUAAUUUGUCGUUCACGUACAGGCAUGCAACAUUAUAUUUUAAAGCCAUGGAAGUUGUGUGAAUGGGGGACGCAAGUGCUGCAUGCUAUGACUACAUGCAUUCUGGGCUGGACUCUCUGCUAUAGGGUGGAGCGCCUCUGGCGGUUGCGCGGGAUGGAUUGGCAUUCGAGGAUCGUCUCAUUGAAAAUGGAAAUGCCAGUGCAACUUGCAACGGCGAUCCUGCUUUGGUUGAUCAGGAGGCUGACCAAUGCAACAGUGCUGCGAAUUCUGUCGGCAUGAAUGAACUUCAGUGCCUCGCAGCACCAGAAAAGUGUAGAGGAACUGGCAGGCCGACAAGCAGCAGGGAGAAGGCACCGUACGAAGGGCUGAGUAAAAGAACCAGGUUCUGCAGCAUUUGCCGCCGCGAGGGGCACAAGAGGACCACAUGUCCAGAGCGAGGGGAUGCUCCGAAGAAGCCGCGGAAACCAGGCAGAUGCAAGAACUGCGGAAUAGAAGGACACUGGCGGAACACAUGCAAGAGGCCUCUUGGGUUUGCCGAGAGCUGAGCUGUGCAAUUUUUGGUCGAUGAAUAUGUAUUUGUCUUUUUCAUGAGGCCUGAUUUGCAGUCCGUCCCGGAUCAGGAUUUGUAUGUUGUUCCUAUAUGAGAUAUCAUGGUCUUGCGUUCCUUGGGCAAGCAGAAAAAAUUGUGGGAUGUUGUGAGAACAAUUUGAUAGCUAGUCUGAGAUGUACUGUCCAUGUCUGUAACGAUCUAGAGUUGUGUCCUAGAGCACGCAAAAGGAUUUAUGGUUUUCUGAAAAAUUUGGUAGCUAGUCUGAAUUUAUGAACUGCUUUUUGAGAUGAUAUCAACACGUAAACUUUAGUAUUGUUACCAUGUUUA